AACAGGUUGGUGGUGUACCGGGGACUUCUGUUUAAGACUAUGCUUCCUCCUCAUCGUCACCCAGUCAUCUUGUUUCCCCGACUGUUCGGGACAAUUUGCCAGAGGGAGCUAGCCUUUGACUGGACAGGCUAAAGGGGCCUGGCUAGCUAUAGGAUUUUUAAGGGUGCGAAGCAAAGUCUCCAAUUCUGUGAUAAGGUAUUAGGUAUAUAAUGUAUUCUUCAUCAGUCUGCUAGUUAUAAAUAUAACUGCAUUUAAGUUUGUUGAUUGUAAAACUUGUAUGCUAGUGUCCUUCAAAUGUUGUUAAAGAGCAAUGCCAAUGCAAAUAGUAAUAAUUUCCUGUAUAACUCAUAUUCAUCCUCAGGUCUUGCCAUCCACAAGUGAUACAGGAAAGAGAAAAUCAGAUCUUCAAAGUGACGCCAGCAGGUUGCAGUCACCAGCUAAGCGACAGCGUCUGUCUAUGCCAGGAUUUGCAGAAUCAAUCAUACUGUCUGAUGUGAAAAGCAUCAUGACAUUUGUACAUGCCAGACUAAAUGACCAAGACAAACUCAGUGCUUUCUUGAAGAAAAAGAUCAGUGAUUUGGAGACAGACAAGAGGGAGCUGGUUGGUGUCUUUGGUAAAACCGGGGCUGGAAAGAGCUCUUUGAUAAAUGCCAUCAUUGAAGAGAAGAAUCUUUUACCUUCAGGAAGCAUCAAUGCCUGCACCUCAGUCAUGAUCAAAGUGGAAGCCAACACACGUAGCACAAAGUAUGAAGCAGAAAUUGAGUUCAUCACAAAGGAGGAGUGGAAAGAUGAGUUGUGGUCAUUUCAUCAGCUUCUUGACAAUAAUGAAGAUCAGGACAAGGAAGGCGACGAUGAUUAUCGUGAUGCUGUUGAAAAGCUGUCAGCACUUUAUGGAGAAGAAUGGAAAGAGAAGUCCUCUGAAAACCUCAUGGAGAACAAAUAUUUCAAAGAAAUUCCAGAAUUUCUCCAAUCCAGGCGGAAGAUAUUGAGAUGUGAAUCAGCUAAUGAACUUUCUGCACAAUUUGUCAAGUACACAAGAAGUGAGUCAAAACAAGGAGAAGGCAAUGAAGGAAAAAAGUGGUUUUGGCCACUAGUGAAGUGUGUGACUGUCAGGGUGCCAAACAAUCCUUUUCUCCAGCAUGUCACACUUGUGGACCUUCCUGGAAAUGGUGACUGUAACAAGAGCAGAGAUCAGAUGUGGAAAGGGAUAGUUGGAGAUUGUUCUACUGUGUGGAUUGUGACUGAAAUUAAUCGAGCAGCAUCAGAGAAAGAGGCCUGGGAGAUCCUGGAAAGUGUCAGUAGUCUGAUUGGAAAUGGUGGCGAAUGUCAGCAAAUUCAUUUUAUCUGCACCAAGUCUGAUCUUCUUGAUGAUUCCGAUGAUCUGUAAGUAAUUUUGAAUGCUGAUCAACUACAGGGUGUUUCCAUGUAAGAUAAACCCAGGCUAGA